UACAAGCAAAAUUAAUCCACCUCACUUUUUGUCAAUGGAAGAAUUAUGGACAAGUCUCAGAAGAACUCAGGUACUUAAAAUCAUCGGAUUACUUGUUGUACUUGUUUUGUUGAACACAAAUGGAGUUGAGAGUAGAAAAAAGGCCCAUGAUUUGGUGUCCUUUCAGUAUCCGGCUAUAAAUUGCAGAGCUCACAGCGCUUCGUUAGAAGAUUUUGGCGGAGUUGGUGAUGGAACUACAUCAAACACAAAGGCUUUUAAGGCUGCAAUAGACCAUUUGAGCCAGUUCUCAACAGUUGGCGGGUCCCAACUCUAUAUUCCUCCCGGGAAGUGGUUGACCGGUAGCUUCAAUCUCACCAGCCAUUUUACUUUGUAUCUUCACAAGGAUGCUGUUCUUCUUGCUUCUCAGGAUGAGAGGGAAUGGCCCAUUAUUAAACCUUUACCAUCAUAUGGUCGAGGAAGGGAUAAUGCUGUAGGUGGAAGGUAUAUCAGCCUAAUUUUUGGAACCAACCUUACUGAUGUUGUCAUAACAGGGGACAAUGGAACUAUUAACGGUCAGGGUGAACCCUGGUGGAAAAAAUUCCUUGCAAAAAAGCUAAAGUAUACCCGGCCUUACCUUAUUGAAAUCUUGUACUCUGAGAAUGUUCAGAUAUCCAGUCUCACAUUUAUCAAUGCUCCAUACUGGAAUAUUCAUCCUACUUAUUGCAGCAAUGUCAUUAUUCAAGGCCUAACAAUCCUAGCACCAGUGACAAUUAAAAACACUGAUGGCAUCGAUCCAGAUUCUUGCACAAAUACCCGAAUUGAGGAUUGUUACAUUGUCUCCGGAGAUGAUUGUGUAGCAGUUAAAAGUGGUUGGGAUGAGUAUGGAGUUUCAUUUGGGAUGCCAACAAAGCAGCUUGCUAUCCGGCGACUAACAUGCAUUUCUCCAUUCAGUGCGGUGAUUGCUCUGGGUAGUGAGAUGUCUGGUGGGAUUGAAGAUGUCAGGGCAGAAGACAUCACAGCCAUUCAUUCUGAAUCUGGGGUUAGAAUCAAAACUUCUGUAGGAAGAGGAGGCUUUGUGAAGACAUAUACGUCCGAAGGAUGACUCUGAAAACCAUGAAUGGGUAUUUUGGAUGACAGGCAAUUACGGUGAUCAUCCUGAUAAUAAAUAUGAUCCUAAAGCACUUCCUGUGAUUCAAAAUAUCAAUUAUCGUGAUAUCGU